AUGUCGUUCCGAGCCCUGCUGUUAGCGGCCUGGUUCGCCUCUGCCUGGGCCUGCACUAACAGCGGCGACUUCGACCAGACGGCCUUCACUGCGUCCUUGUAUGGCGGCUCCUUCGGUGGCAUGGCGCUGGCCUUGGUCAUGGUGACCUUGGCUUCUUUGCCGCUCUGCUGCGGAGUGUUGAAGCAGUACGGCAAGAUCAUUGCCACCGUGGCCAUCGUGCUUGGCAUUUUCUCCCUCAUAAUUCCGGCCUUCGGUUCCAUGGGUGCUUGCGUGCCCUUUGUGGAUGCCAUUUGCCAGGAGCGCUGCAGUGGCUACGAGUGCACGUCAGAUGAGAAGGAUGCCAUGGGAAGUGUUUGCAACGCGCUGGGCAUCUUUGUCGUGUACAUCGGAGCCUUCGGCUGGCUCACCGUUAUCCUUGGCAUCGUGGCCGCCUCGCUGGGUUGCUGCGUGUGCUGCGGCUGCUGCAAAGCCAAGAUGGACGAGCCGGGCGCCGGAGCGCCACCUGUAGUGGUGGGGGCGCCUGUGCAGCAGGCUUGA